AAUCCGUAAAAGGUGGGGAAGCUACAAACCUUCAUGAGAGAGAAUGGAAUCCCACCCACAUCACCCAUCCCAAUACAAAUUACACACAUACAUUCCUUUCAUUCUCUCCAACAAAUAAAUAUAUAUUAUAAUAAUCCACUCUCUCUCCCGCUAUCUCCGGCUUCUCUUUGCUCGAAACCAAACAAAAAAACGCAUUACUUUGCUCUGAAGAUGACACCAUGACUACGCCGCCAAUACCCCAACCACCAAGCACUGUUCGCAAGCUACUCGUCGAAAUUGUAGAUGCAAGAGAUCUCUUGCCUAAGGACGGCCAAGGGAGCUCCAGCCCCUACGUCGUUGCCGACUUCGAUGGCCAGAAAAAGCGCACGUCCACCAGGUUUCGUGACCUCAAUCCGGUAUGGAAUGAGACUCUGGAGUUUAUUGUGUCUGAUCCUGAUAAUAUGGAUUAUGAGGAGAUUGAAAUCGAGGUUUUUAAUGACAAGAAAUACGGCAAUGGCAGUGGCCGUAAGAACCAUUUCUUGGGGAGGGUCAAGCUCAAUGGUUCACAGUUUGCAAGGCGUGGAGAGGAAGGCCUCGUGUAUUUUGCUUUGGAGAAGAAGAGCGUGUUUAACUGGAUUCGGGGAGAGAUUGGGUUGAGGAUUUGUUAUUACGAUGAGUUAGUCGAGGAGGAGCCCCCGCCUCCUUCACCGGAGAAGGAGGAGGCACCGCCACCACCGAAUUCACCUCCAGCAGUUACUAAGGCUGAGGAAGGCAGAGUAUUCGAGGUCCCUGCAUAUACUGAGCAUAGAGUUCAUGGUCAUUGCCACUAUCCGGAGGAGUCACACUCCCCUCCCGUAGUGGUCAUCGAAGAAUCUCCACCGCCUGUGAUGAAUGUGCAAUCGGAGCCGCCGCCUCCAGAGAUGCAUCAUCCACGGGAGGUGAGGAUGCAAACUGCAAGAGUGGUUAGUAGAUGUGGAGGCGGAGACAGAGUAAGAGUGUUGAAGAGACCAAAUGGAGACUACUCUCCAAGAGUGAUUACAAGCAAGUUUGGGGGAGAAACAACUGAGAGGAUCCAUCCUUACGAUCUCGUUGAACCAAUGCAGUAUUUAUUUAUCAGAAUCGUGAAGGCGCGAGGUUUGGCUCCUAAUGAGAGUCCGUUCGUGAAAAUCAAAACAACGACUCAUUUUGUCAGAUCUAAACCGGUGAAUCAUAGACCCGGUGAGCCAACAGAUUGCCCGGAGUGGAACCAGGUGUUCGCGUUAGGCCAUAAUAGGCCUGAUACGGCCAGCGCCACGCUUGAGAUCUCCGUUUGGGACUUGCCAUCGGAGAAUUUCCUCGGCGGCGUAUGCUUCGAUCUCUCCGAUGUGCCCGUCCGUGAUCCACCAGACAGUCCUUUAGCUCCACAAUGGUACAGACUUGAAAGUGACGCCGGCGACCAGAACUCUAGCAGAGUCUCGGGUGACAUCCAGCUCUCCGUCUGGAUAGGCACCCAAGUAGACGACGCUUUCCCCGAGGCGUGGAGCUCCGACGCACCGUACGUCGCACACACGCGCUCCAAAGUUUAUCAGUCACCCAAGCUCUGGUACUUGCGAGUUACCGUCAUUGAAGCACAAGACCUCCCCAUCAUUCCAAAUUUACCUCCAUUAACAGCACCAGAAAUUCGUGUGAAGGGACAAUUAGCAUUCCAGUCCGUACGAACAAGGCGAGGAUUCAUGAACAGACACAACGCUUCGAUCCACUGGAACGAGGACAUAAUCUUCGUCGCCGCCGAACCUCUGGAAGACUCUCUGGUUCUGCUAGUUGAGGACCGGACAAGCAAGGAAGCUAUUCUCCUUGGGCAUGUCAUCAUUCCCGUGAACACUAUCGAGCAACGUGCAGACGAGCGCCACUUGGCAUCAAAAUGGUUAGCGUUGGAAGGAGGAACCAGCGACGGAGGUGAUGGUGGGCCCGGAGGAGGUGUUGGAUCCUAUGGUGGCAGAAUCCAUCUACGCCUAUGCUUGGAGGGAGGGUAUCACGUGCUUGAUGAAGCGGCGCACUUGUGCAGCGACUUCAGACCAACAGCUAAGCAUCUGUGGAAGCCGGCUAUUGGCAUUUUAGAGCUGGGAAUCUUGGGAGCUCGCGGCUUGCUUCCCAUGAAAGCCAAAGAUGGAGGCAAGGGGUCCACAGAUGCUUACUGUGUUGCCAAGUAUGGGAAAAAGUGGGUCCGCACCAGAACCAUCACCGAUAGUUUUGAUCCACGUUGGAAUGAGCAGUACACGUGGCAGGUAUACGACCCUUGUACAGUUGUCACAGUUGGUGUAUUCGACAACUGGCAAAUGUUUGCUGACGUGCCAGAUGAGAAACCGAACAACCGUAUCGGGAAAAUACGAAUACGCGUAUCUACAUUGGAGAGCAACAAGGUUUAUACGAAUUCUUACCCGUUAUUGGCUUUGUUAGAAACCGGGUUGAAGAAAAUGGGCGAGAUUGAAUUGGCGGUACGAUUCGCUUGCCCGUCAUUGUUACCUGAUACGUGUGUGGUCUACGGGCAGCCAUUGCUUCCUAGAAUGCACUACCUCCGCCCACUAGGUGUCGCCCAACAAGAGGCAUUGCGUGGGGCAGCGACAAAGAUGGUAGCGGGUUGGUUCGCCCGGUCAGAGCCUCCAUUGGGGCCCGAGGUGGUUCGGUACAUGUUGGAUGCGGAUUCUCACACAUGGAGCAUGAGGAAGAGCAAGGCGAAUUGGUUUCGGAUCGUAGCGGUUCUUGCAUGGGCAGUCGGGUUGGCUAAAUGGUUAGACGAUAUUCGGAGGUGGAGAAACCCGGUGACAACGGUUUUAGUACACGUGUUAUAUUUGGUACUUGUUUGGUACCCGGAUUUGAUAGUCCCAACCUCAUUUUUAUACGUAUUCUUGAUUGGAAUGUGGUAUUACCGGUUCAGACCCAAAAUACCAGCGGGCAUGGAUACCCGACUCUCUCAAGCAGAAACGGUUGACCUGGAUGAAUUAGACGAGGAAUUCGACACAAUACCGAGUUCAAGACCACCGGAAGUUAUUAGAGUCCGGUACGAUCGGUUACGGAUGUUGGCCGCCAGAGUCCAAACAGUUUUGGGUGAUUUUGCCACACAAGGAGAAAGGCUUCAAGCCUUGGUGAGUUGGAGGGACCCACGAGCCACAAAAUUGUUCACUGCAGUCUGCCUCGCCAUUACAAUAAUCCUCUACGUGGUGCCGCCAAAAAUGGUGGCCGUGGCCUUAGGAUUCUAUUAUCUCCGACACCCAAUGUUCCGGGAACCCAUGCCGCCCACUAGCCUGAACUUCUUCCGGCGGCUUCCCAGUUUAUCGGAUCGACUAAUCUAGAUUUUAACAGUAGUGUAUUAGCGAGUAGGUAUACUAGUAUUAAAAGGUACAUUUUUUUGGCACCAAAAUUACGGGGAUCUUGGAGAGUUUAAAAAGGGUAAAAAUAAAAAGAACAAAUUGAACGGCAGUCUUAUGACUUUUGAAAAUUUGUCCUUAAUAACAUGGUGGGGGAGUGAAAGAAAGGGGGAGUGGUAAGUUGUCAUCAACUUUUUUUUUUUUUUUUGUGGUUGUAAUUGAAUUCAUUGACUAAUGUGGAGGAGGAACUUGGAAUAAGAUAAAGGAGGGGUGUGGGGCGGCCCAAGACACUUUGAGUGAGGAAGAAAAUUGAGUGGGUUUUGAGAUUGUCCAGGAAAGUAUAUAUGGACAUUCAAUUGCUUUCUAAAAUUAUAUUAACUGCAUUAACAUA